AUGAAGGGCUUUCCGCCUGCCAUCCCACUUUCUGAUCCCAGAGCUGGAAUCCUGCCCCAGUACCCAACAUUUUGGCCAUAGGCCUUCCAAGGACUGGAGGGUUUCCCGUACAUCAUGGAGGGUAUGUUGUAUCCCAGCCAGGCACCUCUGUCUUUGAGUAUAUACAAAAGUUCCUACAUGGCCGACUACAAGGACUUCAGCAAUUACAAACCCCAUCUGGAAAAUCCUGAGGAGCAACGGAGGGUCGAACUCCAGUUACGGCAGAAAGAAUUUUGCCCACCUGUUUCCACACCUACAUCGAUGCUGGCGAAAGGAUACCCAGCUUUUAGGGAGCCCCAAAUGACAGCAAGAGACCUAGAUACCUCCACCUUCACUCAGAAACUAGCCCAGAAGGCCCCUCAGGAACAGCCCAGAAUCUGCCCUAGUGAUUAUCAUCCUUCCUUGGACCCAAAUCGAAUACCGGUCCACAAAACCAGGUAUCAGUCUAAGAGAUUCCCGAAGCCUCUGCAACUUAAUUAUCCACUUCCUGAGCUUGGUGAACAGAGGGAGCCGACUGGCACACAAUUCCCCUCGGAGCAGAAACCUACCCCGUUUCGAUGGGGACCCUUGAAACCAUUUUACCUAUAG